CCAUCUCUAAGACAGCUUUGUUUUGGUUUUGCAACGAAAAAAACAGCAGCGUCGUGAGUUCUUUUCCGUUUACUUACAAAGCCUCGCACAAACAAACCAGCGCAUUACGUGUUGCACAGAUGUUUGCGGAUCGUCGAGGCAAUCAAUAAGCGAAAGAUAACUUGGCAGUUGAACUCCGGAGCUGGCAGAAGAUGGACACAAACGCUGGGGAGUCGGCAUCGCCGCCAUCUAGCAAUGAGGCGGCGGCCGGAUCCCAGUCCCAGAGCGAUGCCUCCGAAGAGGAGGAGUAUCUGGACAACAGUAUCGAACUGAGGGGCUAUCUCAGCAAAUGGACGAACUACAUCUAUGGAUGGCAGCCGCGUUACAUAGUCCUGAAGGAUGGUACCCUCUCCUACUAUAAGUCCGAAUCGGAAUCGGAUUUCGGGUGCCGCGGAGCCAUCAGCCUGACCAAGGCCACCAUUAAGGCCCAUGAGUCCGACGAGCUGCGCUUCGAUGUUGUGGUGAACAACCUAAAUAACUGGUGCCUACGGGCGGAGACCAGCGAGGACCGCAUGCACUGGGUGGAUGUGCUGCAGCUGUAUAAAGCGGACUCCGGCAGCACGGACACCACUUCCUUGCGUCGCCAUGGUAGCACCAUGAGCCUGCAAUCGAACACCAUCUCGCUGACCAGCGGCGGAAGCCUGAAUAAGACGCAGCGCAACCUGCGCGAAAAAUUCGGGGAGCUGGAGACCUUUAAGGACAUACUAUUUGGACAGAUCGAGACUCUGCAGCGAUACUUCGACGCCUGCUCGGAGGUGAACAAAAAUAAUGCCCAGCCACUGGACCUGGGCGACGGUCUGAAGUCCAUCGAUUUCAAGGGGGAAUCCAUCACGUUUCGGGCCACAACGUCCGGCGUGCUCACCACCCUGCAGCAUUGCCUAGAAAUCAUUGCCGAGAGCGAUGAGUCAUGGAAACGGAAACUGGAGCGUGAAAUAGAUAAGCGCCGACGUUCAGAGGACCAAAGCAAAAAGCUCAAGGACGAAGUCGAGAAAAUGAAGCGCUUAUCGUAUCCUGGCCCAGAUUUCGAGGAGGGUCCACAUUCCACAUUGCCCGAGGAUGAGUUCUUCGAUGCGGUCGAAACGGGCCUGGACAAAAUCGAGGAGGACAUGCAGCUGCGCUUUAAGCUGAAGCUGCAAUCCCAGAUCUCCCAGACACUGGUUAACGUUCCACACGAGGCGGUGGCCGAAGGCGAGGAGGCGCGCGAGGAGUUCGGCACGGGUGCGGAGGCCACCAGCCAUGCCCUGUGGCCGGAGAUCGAUCGCGUGUGCAAGGAGCAACUGCACUACGCACGCGAGGGCGUUGGCCAGGACGGCAAUGGCUGGCAAAUCUUUGCCGACGAGGGGGAGAUCAAAAUGUACAAACGCGAGGAGGAGGUCAACGGGCUGGUCAUGGAUCCCCUGAAGGCCUAUCACACGGUGCAGGGCGUGACGGCGAGGGAAAUGUGCCAUUACUUCUUCAUGCCCGAGUUCCGAAAUGACUGGGAGACUACUUUGGAGGACUGCACAAUCCUGGAAAAGAUCUCGGCGGACACCCUGCUUUUCCUGCAAACCCAUAAGCGGAUAUGGCCGGCGAGUCAGCGGGACGCGCAAUUUUGGUCGCACAUGCGCAAGAUCACAGACAAUCUGGAGCCGGGCGCCCGGGACAUGUGGGUGGUGUGCAACAACUCGACGGAGUACGCUAAGCAGGAGUCAAAGAAUGGAAAGUGCGUACGAAUCUUCCUGACCGUAAUCCUGGCCUGCCAAACCCAUCUGCCCGAGGGUUACGUGAAGGGCCAGCCCCUGAAUCGCAACGAUCUAACCUGCAAAAUAACCUACUGCUCUGUUGUUAAUCCUGGAGGCUGGGCGCCUGCGAGUGCUCUGAGAGCCGUGUACAAGCGCGAGUAUCCCAAGUUUCUGAAGCGCUUUACGGGAUACGUAAUAGACCAGUGCAAGGACAAGCCCAUCAUGUUCUGAUAUUUGCCAUAAGCAACAAAGCAAUCAAAAACCAAUCAAAGCUGAAUCGUCUCACGUAUUUGGCUUGAACUUUAUCCUUAAUAAGCCUCCAGUUUGUGGCCUCAACUAUAUUUUGAAAUCUGUUUUGCUACUCCUUACUUCAAUUCUAUAACCAUUUCGUUGAGUUUCACGACUUUGGUUCUUUUGUACAAGAGUGUUCUCUAUGCGAAAUGUUAGAAUCGCUUUUUGUAUCUGCGCUAGGGCAACUAAGAUAUAGUGUAACCUAUUUAGCCGUAAGUUAUUUGUAAGUGAAACACAAUCAUUGUAUAGAUCUUAGUUCCGAAACUUUCUAUCUGUAAUGUAUAUCUUUAUGAAAAUGCUUUAAAUGCAACAAUUGCAAGAAUGAUGUGAGGGAUGCAUAGCUACAUAUACGAAGGCUUUCCUUUUGGUGUGAAUCUAUAUUAUAUGUAUAUCCGCAUACGUACGAGACGAGUAUAUAUAUUCCCAUACUCCCGCCCAGAAACACCGGUUUUACUCAACUGUCAAGUGUAAAUAAAUGCGACUUACUGUUAUCUCCAAAAAAA